AUGAAGUUCUCUACGACCCUUGCUGCUGUGUCCGCGGUUGCGGCCCCUAUGUUCGCGUCCGCUGCCCCGCUGCGCCGCCAGACUCCGACGCUGGCUGCAUCUUUCCAAUCUGGCGCUGUCUACUUUAUGACGAAUGAGCCGUCUGGAAACAAUGUCAUCAGCGCAACGAUCGGCAACAACGGCCAGCUCACCAUCGCCAGUACUUUCUCAGCAUCCGGCAAUGGUGCCCACGGUCAGACUGUGGCGCCUGAAGGGCCCGACGCAAUGUUCUCGCAGGGCUCGAUCGUAGUCAACCCUACGGCGAACUUGCUUGCCACAGCGAACGCCGGUUCCAACACGGUUUCACUCUUCUCCAUCAACGGCCAGACGCCUUCCGACCUCACUGCGGUCGGUCCGCCGAUGUCUUCGGGUGGCGAGUUCCCGAUGAGUGUUGCCUUCUCCUCGGACGGGACCGCGUUGUGCGCUCUCAACGCAGGCGCGAUGGAUGGUGUCCAAUGCUACAACGUCAGCUCCACAACGGGUCUAUCCAUCAUGCCCAACACUCGGCGGUUCCUCGGCAUGAACCAGACUACGCCACCCAUGGGCCCGCUCGGCACUGCCUCGCAGGUCAUCUUCAGUCAGGACGAUGCAACCGUGUACGCCGCCGUGAAGGGUAACCCCGACACGAACGUCACUGGCUACAUCGCCGCCUGGAACAUGACCGACGCUGGUUUGUCCGACCAGUUCACGAGGAUCGAGCUGCCUGAGGGCGCCGUCGCACCGUUUUCGCUUACUCCCAUUCCCAACGCCAACGCGUUCUUCGCCGCGGACGCGGGUAUUGGCGCGGACGUGUUCGACUUCUCUCAGGGCCCCGAGGCGGCUACUGCCAGCCCUAACACGCAAUCGUUCGCUAUCCCCAAUCAGGGUGCGGUCUGUUGGUCUGCCUACUCGCCGGCAACUGGCUCGUACUACGUCUCAGAUCUCUUGACCUCGACCGUCACUGAGCUCGCUCUCAACCCGACCAACAUGACCCCCUCGAUCCUCAACUCGUACCCGAUCUCGCCCGGCGUCGCUACCCUCGACCUCGAGGUUGCGUCGCUCGGUGACCAGGACUACCUUUACGUCUUGAUGCCCAACGCGACCGCUGUUGAGGUUCUCCGCCUCGACCAGCCCGGCAACGCGACCAGCCUUCAGCAGAUGGACAUCGCCGGUCCCGCUAGCCAGCUCGGCCUCACUGUGACGGCUAACUACCUUGUCGGUAUGGCGUCGUACGUCAAGAACACGCAGUGA